UUACCUUGUGCGCAAGGCUAGGUAGAGCCGACCGUACCAUGGUCUUGAAAAGCGAAGAACCCGUGCAAUUCAUUAUCAGUUUUUUACCAAACAAUAUAAAACUCCGGGUAUGCACUUUCUUUUGUCGGUUUAAUGGCAAGUGCUUGCUAGGGCCGUGAUCGCGAUGGCAUUUCGCUGCACGCUCAAGUGAAGCGAAAGAAAAGUGGGACUCGAGUCGCCCAUCGCAUUAUUCGUGCUCGUUUCCAUUAUCGCCACAGUUAUCAUCAAGUGUUACUUCGGUGUUUUUGUUUACGGUGUUUGCGGCGAGAAGAAGUGACAGGGCCAUAGACCCCUCCUCUGAUGGGCGGAGCGUGCAUUUUUAUUUCGGAUUUCGCGUGUUUUUUUUUUCUUUUUUCUUUUUUUUGCCUGCUCCUGUUCUGACACGUCUGCACUGAGUACUGAGUGAGUGGCAUUGGCACAUUGUCAAUCGCUCACCGCCGCUGCCAUCAAACAACAUAAAGCACGCGCAGUCAGAGACUCGCGCUCAUAAAUUUCAGCCGGCAGAUAUUUUUGCGCAUUGCUUUACAGCGUGUAAUUAAUUUGUCUCUAUUCUUUUUUAAAAUAUUUUUUACCACUAAACCGCUAAAACUUUUUAAAGAAAUAUUUUAUUUUUAUUGCUAUUGCCGUCAUUAUUAUUGCUGCACGUAUUAGACAUUAAUUUUUUUCCCAUUAAUUCUGGACAUCGGCGAUAUGCUAUAUUUUGCAAGUGUCCGUGCGCUGCACAUGGCUUAUAUAUUUUAAUUUGCUUGGUUUUAUUUAUUAUUUUUUUUGUUUCAUUAAUUGUUUCCCACUUAGCCUUGGAUGGUUUGUUUCCUGCUGAUUUAAAUUGGGAUUUGAACAAGUUUACAAGAAGAAUUUCGCCGGGAGACAUAAUCGCAAGAAGAAUACAAAUAUAUCAAAGAAAUCUGCAAGGAGCUUCAGCAGUCAUACCCGACACAUCACGUCAAAGAAUAAAAGACAAAUUGCCAAGAAGAUUCGAACAGGAUCCGAGGGUCAGUGGCUGUCAUCUAGCUGUCAUAUAUAAAAUUAUAAAUAUUGGUUCAGCAAUUACGAGCAAAAAAUAUUGCAAAUAUAUUGUAUACUUCAAAUCAAGGAGGAAGAAAAUAUUGAAAGAAGAAAAAGUGCUCACUGGGACACGCAUUUUUAUACGAUCGCUUACAGUAACUCAUCAUCAGUUUAUACCUUUUUAUGAUUUAGCGAAAUUGUUUAAUAUUUGAAUUUCUUUCUGCUUCCUUCGCUGUGCACAUACAAUCACUGCCUUUGUAUGUGAUUUUUUUCAAGCUCCUGUUCUCUUAGCGAGGCUCCCGCGAAGCGCAUUGAUUGUGUUGCGGCAGACUAUGGACGAGCAAGCCCGGAUAAUGCAAGCGCUCGGCGGUGUCAGCUUGGCUGGCCAUUCGGUCCAAGGCGGCAUGGCACUGCCGCCUCCGCACGGACACGACGGGGCUGAUGGGGACGGAAGAAAACAAGAUAUCGGGGACAUUCUGCAUCAAAUAAUGACCAUAACUGACCAAAGUCUGGAUGAGGCGCAAGCAAAGAAACAUGGACUGAACUGCCACAGGAUGAAACCGGCUCUCUUCAGCGUGCUCUGCGAGAUUAAAGAGAAAACAGGCCUCAGCAUCCGUGGCGCCCAGGAAGAGGACCCCCCAGACCCCCAACUCAUGCGUCUGGACAACAUGUUGCUGGCGGAGGGUGUGGCUGGGCCAGAGAAAGGGGGCGGAUCUGCGGCCGCCGCGGCUGCAGCGGCCGCCUCGGGCGGCGCCUCGGAUAACUCCAUUGAGCACUCGGACUACCGGGCCAAGCUGACACAGAUCCGGCAGAUCUACCACACGGAGCUGGAGAAGUACGAGCAGGCGUGUAACGAGUUCACCACUCACGUGAUGAACCUGCUGCGGGAGCAGUCGCGCACGCGGCCCAUCUCGCCCAAGGAGAUCGAGCGCAUGGUGGGCAUCAUCCACCGCAAGUUCAGCUCCAUCCAGAUGCAGCUGAAGCAGAGCACCUGCGAGGCCGUCAUGAUCCUGCGCUCCCGCUUCCUGGACGCCAGACGGAAACGGCGGAACUUCAGCAAGCAGGCGACGGAAAUCUUGAAUGAGUACUUCUACUCGCACCUGUCGAACCCCUACCCCAGUGAGGAGGCCAAAGAGGAGCUGGCCAAGAAGUGCAGCAUCACCGUGUCGCAGGGGGUGGGAAGCACCAUCACAGUGUCACAGGUAUCCAACUGGUUUGGCAACAAGCGGAUCCGGUACAAGAAGAACAUCGGCAAGUUCCAGGAGGAGGCCAACCUGUACGCCGCCAAGACGGCUGUGACGGCCGCUCACGCUGUGGCCGCCGCUGUGCAGAACAACCAGACCAACUCGCCCACCACGCCCAACUCCGGAUUCCAGAUGAAAGAUGAAGAAUUUCAGCUGGACUCCGCAGAGAGCAAAAACACUCUUUUAACCAACAUGUUCACUGGUUCUUCGGGUUCGUUUAACCUGCCGAACUCGGGGGACAUGUUCAUGAGCAUGCAGAGUCUGAAUGGGGAUUCUUACCAGGGGGCACAAGUUGGCGCCAAUGUGCAGUCACAGGUGGAUACCCUGCGUCAUGUUAUCAGUCAGACGGCAGGAUACAAUGACAGCCUCGGGGGGAACUCUCUGUACAGUCCACAUGGCCUGAACGCUAAUGGAGGGUGGCAGGAUGCGGGCACUCCGUCCUCCAUGAUUUCUCCCACAGAGGGGCCGGGAAGCGUCCACUCGGAUACCUCGAAUUGAUCUCCCCACCGACGCUCCCCAUCCCUAUGCUGUAGAGCCCCGACUAGCACUGACUGGCCAACCAGAGAGGCAGGACACCCUUGGCGGGAGCCAAUCAUUCGCGGCGUUGCUCACCUUUUUUCCUUCUUUCGUAUUCUUGGGCAAGGCCUUGGAGUCAUUCUCCAUGGUCCAGGACAGCUUCUCAAACAUACAUCUAUACAGUAUAUAUAUGUAAAUAAUAUAAAGCAGAACAUUGUCAGGUGUGUUUCGCCCUGACGUUUAUUUUCAUGAUGAAUGGGUUAAGGAGGCCAACGCCCAGUGGAGUCUCUGUUCCGGAAAUUUCUUCUACAGCCUGGAAAGCCCCCAGGACCAGCUCCAUUACCUCCCUCCUUGGCCAGGCUGUUGCUUGGCUCUCCAGCAGCCCCUUCUACACCCGCCGAGAAGGACACCCGCAUCCAAACGCGCUCCACCCUUCCUGAAGACAGGCGAAUGUUCGGCCACGGGCAAUGCUUCACGGAUCACGUCUGUGCGAUUACUACAGGAAUGGGACAACAAAGAGAGAGAAGUGCUGGUAGACCCGUUACUUACAUGUUGGUUCUCUGUUGAGGUCCAUUUCCAUCAUUCUUUGUUCCCCGGUCCAUGUUAUACAACAGCAGCACUCACAGCCCAGCUUCUGACCAUUGUGUGCUAAUUCACAUGUUAACAGGGCUAAUAUCACAUUUACUGCCAGCUUGGAGGGGGGGGUUCUCUUUUUUUAUUUGUAUUAGCUCACACCCAACAGUUUCUGAUGCAUUACAGACCCUUUGUGGUGGCACUGAAUGAGACAUACGAAAUACAUGCAUUUCAUUGUCGGAAAAACACUCUAAAUUGGACACGGUUUAACAAAAAAAAAAAAAUGAAGUGAAUAUAUUCAACAUCACAUGUCUUUGAGCCCAUGUCUGGAAAGAGCUCCAUGUCUGAUGCCGGUCCUUGCGGGACUUUCUGCCCGCUGGUAACACCGGCCCAAACAUCCCCACAUAUUGUAAAUAAUGUAGCGUAAGAGUAUUUAUCCAUCUCACCAAUCAAAACACAGCUUUAUUACCUCAUGCAAACUCAUAGAAACCAAUAGAAUUCCAGCGUGUUCUAUAGCUUAGAGUGCUCACUUACUACCUCUGAACAGUAUCACUUCCAUGUCGGUUUUUUGGGGAAUUCUUACCUUGUAUUUUAUUUAGUUUAUUUGAUUGCAUCUUGUAAUAAACUCCUCCUUUCCCUUCCUGUAAUCUAAUGUAUAUUUUAAUCUUUUAAGAAAACUAAGUUGCUUUCUUGCAACUUUUAAAAAAUAUUAAAAAAUAAUGAUUAUGAUGAUGAUGAUGAUGAUGAUGAUGAUGAUGAUAAAGAGUAUAUGUUGCUGGGGGAGGGGUGAGUGGUGCCCACGGAUUAACACCAAACAGUUAAACUGUUGUACAUACGGACAAACAUUUUGAAUGUUGCUCAUCUUGUUACUAAUUCAUGCAAAAAAUAAGGAAAAAAAACGUAACAAAAAACAGCUGUAAUGCAUAGAGUUUUCAGUAUUCAGAAAUGUACAUUCAAGCUCUGUCUGACAGGGUCCAAUUUUGCUUUCUUUUGUAUUGUAUGUGAUUCUAAAACUGAUAAAGUCAUGGAAAGAUUAUUUGUGGCAGUGAUUCUAAUGUAUUAAAAAUGUUUCGUGUUACUUUUUAACCAGACUACACCCUGGACUGAAAAGCCUUGUAGUAGUUAUGUGUAGUUUCAAACAUGAAUAAACUUUUUGCUUUCAUGAA